UGGCCCGGCCCACCCAAUUGGUCGAACUCCUGAACGAGACAAACCAAACCGGUUCAUAUAAUCUCAACAAAGCCCGAAGAGAAUUCAAAUUCAGCGUAGACAGUAAGAAAUUACCGUUGGGCGAAACACUAUACGAAGAUGCCGAUGAACAAAUCGAAGAACACCGCCGGCAAAACUACGGCCAGAUUGAAAUCUACAAGGAAACCACUACGAGAUGUUUCGAAUUCAAAUAUGGUAAAGCCAUUAGCAGCUUCUUUCAAAACCAAGAAGAUCCACGGAAGAGAAAACGACGUUGGAACAGUGGCGGUGGAAAAUGUCAUCGAUCGUCUCCUUCUCGUUCACUCUGAUUUCUCCUCCGUCAUUCAACAGAUUGAUGAACUUGUUCAAGUGCUCAAACUAGGAGGCAAGAAGAGUGGAAAGGAAAUUGAAUCUUUUGCACAUGUCUUGUCUGAAAUGCAAGCUUGUUUGAAGACAUGUGUUCCUAAAUUCCAGAAAGCCCUUUCUGAUCUAUCCACGAGGUCUGAACAUCCAUCUGAACAGUCGCAAAUUAGUGAAGCAAUUCCUGUGGUAGCUGAUAAUAUAAGUGAUGCUGUUGAUAGCCCCGACCAAUCCAUGGGGGAUUCACUAGUUUCUCCAUCACCCCUUGUGUCCUGGCGGGCAGGCUGUACAACCGAGAGUGGAAAACUUUUUUUGCUCACACCUUUGCCUCUCCGCAAAGUGCUCUUAUCCAAAUGCCAGGAAUCCUCUAAAAAGUUUGACAAGUAUGCAUCAGACACAAAUACCCAGAAACACCCUCUUUUUGAUAUUAGGGGAGAUAUGGAAGAUUGUUUGAUUGAGAAAACAAAAGCUAUGGCUAGUCAACCACCAUCCCUUACUGAUGUAACUGGGGAGAUGGACAUAUUGCUUGUGAAUAAUGAAGUGAAGUCAAUUCCUAAUGAAGUUUCUGCUAAUGAUAUGCCCAUCAAAGUGGUCCCUCAGAAAAGAGAUUGUAGUUCGCCUGUAAUACUUACAUCACAAAUUGACAGCUCGUUGCUUGUAAUGACUCCAUGCUUGAAAAUGUCACCGCCAAAGACCUGUGUACUGCUUGAACCUUCAUCAGAAUACAACUGUAGGGACAAGCACGGGGCUUAUAAAAUGACACCAUUUCCUGUUUCACGUCAUUUUUCUGGCAUGUCUGAAGAUUCAGAAUCCUCAAGCUUCGGAGCUGCUGAACAUUUGGCAACGAAGUAUCCAGAGCUAUUUGGAAUCAGAUUGAAUCAAAACUUGACAAAUGGAGGGAAGGUGGUCGAUGAUGAAUCGCCAGACUUUCUUUUUUCACCACCCAAAACAUGUGUUCUGAUGGAGCCACCUGUGGAAGAACCGUUGACUAAUGGAACUGAAACUGGUGGCAACUUAGAUAUCUUUGAAAGCACUCCCAUGAUGACAAAAUCCCAGAGCAUCCUCGUAAUGGGAAAGCAUCCAGGUGAGAACACUUUGAAGAAAGAACUAUGGAUAAAAUUUGAAGCAGCAUCAAGAGAUGGCAUUUGUUUUAAUGACUCGACUAUCCAGAAAAUUAUCCAAAAAGAUUUCCUUGAGAGAUUGGAAGAGGUUUCUGCUGAUGAGGCAACUGAAGAGGAGGGGGCCUAAGAUGAUGGAUAUCAUCACCCCCUGGAUGUGCCAGAGUAUGCAGGGAAGAACGAGGCUAUCAUAUUCAGAAGACCAAAAAAUGGACCUAUAUAUGUACCUUAAGGUAAAUUUGAAACUUGUAUCAACUUCCCCUAUAGCCCCCCCCCCACCACCCCUUCUUCGCUCCUCUUUUGUGAAGUAAAGAUGAACAUAGCAACAAAGGACUUCAGUUAUUAUAAGUCCAAUUUUUGGUAAUUUUUGAUUGAAAACUUUGAAGUUCUUUA